CGGGGGGCGGGGCGGGGCGGGGCCUCGGUCCCUCGGCGGGCGCCGGGCGCGGGGCCGGGCCGGGCUCUGCGGGCGGCGGCGGCGGCGGCGGCGGCGCGGGACCGAGGCUGAAGUUCAUGAGUUCGCCCAGCCUGAGCGAGCUGGGCAAGCGCGAGCCGGCGGCGGACGAGCGGGGCACGCAGCAGCGCCGGGCCUGCGCCACCGCCACCUGGAACAGCAUUCACAACGGGGUCAUCGCAGUAUUCCAACGCAAGGGGCUGCCCGACCAGGAGCUUUUCAGCCUCAACGAGGGUGUCCGGCAACUGCUGAAGACGGAGUUGGGGGCCUUCUUCACGGAGUAUCUACAGAACCAGCUGCUGACCAAGGGCAUGGUGAUCCUGCGGGACAAGAUCCGCUUCUAUGAGGGACAGAAGCUGCUGGACUCACUGGCGGAGACCUGGGACUUCUUCUUCAGCGACGUGCUGCCCACGCUGCAGGCCGUGUUCUACCCGGUGCAGGGUAAGGAGCUGUCCGUGCGCCAGUUGGCACUGCUGCACUUCCGGAACACCAUCGCGCUCAGCGUGAAGCUGGAGGAUGCGCUGGCCCGUGGCCACGCCCGCGUGCCCCCCGCCAUCGUCCAGAUGCUGCUGGUGCUGCAGGGGGUGCACGAGGCCAGGGGCGUGACCAAGGACUACCUGCGCCUGGAGACGCUGGUCCAGAAGGUGGUGUCGCCCUACCUGGGCACCUACGGCCUCUGCUCCAGCGAGGGCCCCUGCGCCCACUCCUGCAUCCUCGAGAAGCACUUCCUGCGCGGCUCACGCCCGGGGGACAGCCUGGCCAAGAACCCCGUGGCCCGCUCCAAGAGCUACAACACGCCCCUGCUGAACCCGGUGGCUGAGCACGAGGCGGAGGGGGCGGCGGGCGGCGGCUCGGGCGUCCGCCGGCACUCGGUGUCCGAGAUGACGUCGUGCCCCGAGGCCCAGGGCUUCGGCGACUCCCCGGCGUCCGGCAGCCCCAGCAGACUGUACCCCGCGGGCGCGGCGCCCGGCUCCCCCGGCUCGUCCAGCCCCGAGAACCUGGUGGACCACAUCCUGGAGUCCGUGGGCUCCGACACCGGCGGCAUCUUCAUCGACUUUGGACGGGGCGACCGCUCGGACACGCCCGAGUUGGGGGACUUGGGGGACCGGCAGAGCAUCCUGUGAGCCAGAGCGGGCCGGGGGCUCCUGGUGGGACCCAGCGCACAGGCCAGCCUG